AGCGGUGCGGCCCAGUGCGGCUGCGGCCAGCACCGUUGUGACCGGCGUCCGGUGGGCCAUCUGGCGCCUAGUUGGCACGGCUGACCCAGUGCUGGCGGCCCGACCAGAUGGAGACUGCAGUCAGCGGUCCAGAGCCGCACGGAGCACCGCUCCGACCCACGUCCAUCCUGAGGAGCCGGGGCGCCGUGCCUCAGCCACAGUCAAUCCUGAGAAACAGGGACCCGUCGGCAGUGCCUCGGUAUGGGAACGACCUCAGCCAGGGUAGCGUGAGGACUGACCUGGCUCCGAGUAAUAGUGAGCGCGACCUGCGCGGGGACAGCGAGUCCGUCCGGCUCGAGAGUGUGUCGAUCGACAGUGCGACAUCCUCCCGCGAGAGGAACUCCGACAGUGUUGUGGUCUCGCCAGUGACAUUGGAGAGUGUCGUUGCGCCUCUUCCGCCUCAGGCGUUUCCGACAGUGACGACUCGUGGCGACGUUCCUCCGUCUGGUGAGGUAGGCGGCAGUGUCUGGCGGCCGCUGCAGGGUGCGCGGGAUGUGCUGCGCCGCGGUCGACAUUGGUGGCGCGACAUGAGCGCCAAGCUCGCCGACUGGGCCGUGCUGCAGGACCUGCGCCGGCUAGGGGACGUGGAGGCGGCCAACAGCCGGCGCGCGCGCAGCCUGAAUCGGCAGCCUCGCGAAGGCAAGGCCAGCACUCGCAGCGCGCGCAGUAAGCGCAGCAUACGCAGCACCCGCUCUCACGGGAACAUCCUCAGCAAUGGCGACGACGAGCAGCCCGCCGAAGGCACCUCAGGGAAGGCUUCUUCCGUCGCUCCUACAAGCGACCGGUCUCGUCGAACGAGCUCGCGGCUCUCGAUCCACGACAUCAACCGUCUAGACGUGUCCGCCUCCGAGUGCCGUUCGCUGUCCGCGGGGCGCUCUGUACCCGACCUGUCCACUCACGACGUCUCACGGCGGGGAAUCCACCUGCCGCAGCCUCAGUUCGAGCUGAACGGCGCCGUGACCUUGACCCCACACGUGACCCUGUCCAGGCCGAGCACCCCGGGUCCGGGCGGAGCGCAUGUGGAGGGCCCCAGCAGUCCGGGAGUGCCCGGACACACUAGGCAGCCCUCUCUGCACCGGCACAGAGCCUCUGCGCAGCUGGAAGAGCUGCGGAGCCAGCCCGGCUCGGCGGGUGACACGGACGGCAGUGGUGCAGCCUCGUCCUCCGGUGCGGGGACGCUGAGCACCCUGAGGACCUCCUGGACCUCGGUCACUGUGCCUUUCGGGGGCACCCGCCGAUGGAAAAUACGACCGCAGCUGCUGGCCGUCGCCACCGGCUGCCUGACGAUGCUCGUCACCGGAUUCAUGAUGGCCUACCAGUCGCCAGCCAACCCACAGCACGUGCUGACAUCUGGCGAGCGGAGACAGAACCACCUACUGGCAGUCGGGUGUCUGCUGGGCUCGCUGGUGGGCGGAGUGCUGCUGCUGGCCGGCCGACGCCGACCGCUGCUGGCCGCCUGUCUGGCAGACGCCGUCAUCUGGACUCUGCCGCUGUUCUCCUCCGACCCGUGGCUUGCAUACACAGACGAGAUCCUCACAGGAUUGGUCAGCUGCGCGUCGAUUCUGCUAGUGCUGGUGUAUGUGGCGGAGAUCAGUGUGGCCGAGUGCCGCGGAGGGUUUCUCGUGGCGGCGCUGGCGGCGUUUGACGCCGGGGUGUUGCUCUGUCUGCUGGCCGCGGAGGUGAUGGGACGGCGCGAGCUGGCCGGUCUGGGACUCUCCCUCCUGCUGCCGCUGUUCGCGGCGCUGGUCAUCACGCUCCCAGAGUCACCGCGCUUCGUGGCGGCUGCUGGGAACAAGGUGGGAGCGGAAAUCAACCUGAGGCUGCUGCGAGGAGUCGAGUACUACAGCGAGAGUGAGCUGAACCUGGUUCUGACCAACCUCGACUCAGGCGGGGUGGCGGGGACCAACUGGCUGCGAGCGCACACGCGCCAACCAGCGCUGCGGGCGCUCUUCGUAGCCGGGACGCUGACGUUUCUGGUGCCCCACUGCGGCUUCAGCACCGUCACCUCCUUUGCGGUGGGCCUGUUUAUGGGUCACGGCGACCGCACUCAGCGGACCACCCUGCUCUGCGUCACGUUGAUCAAGAUGGCGGCGACGGCGGCGUCGGUCCCUCUCUCGGACCGGUUCGGCCGGCGCGUGCCGCUGCUGCUGGCCUCGGCGCUGCAGGCGCUGGCGCUGAUGGUGCUGGCGCUGUGCGCGCUGCUGCUCAGCGCCGAACAGGUGUACUCAGUGGCCGGGACGGUGCUGCUGCUCCUCCUGGUCGGUGUGUUCGUGGUCGGCGCCGGCGUCGGCAUGAGCACGCUGCCCUGGGUGCUGGUGGCCGAGCUGUUUCCGCAGCGCAGCCGGCCCAUCGGCGCAGCGCUCAGCGGCGUGGCCUACUGGGCCGGGGACCUGGUGGCCGCCUGGCUGGCCAUCUGGCUGCAGGAAGCGCUGGGCGCCAGCGGGGUGCUGUGGCUGCACUUCCUCUGCACCACGGUCGGCUACCUCUUCGUCUUCUUUGUCGUCCCGGAGACCAGAGAGAAGGCUCUGGAGGAGAUCGAGGUCUACUUCACCGAGAAAACGUCCAAGAAGUCGACGUCGCGCGUGCCGUCCGUCCUUAUCACGCGACUAUGAUGGCGAUGGCGGUGAUGAUGUCUAGGAGAUGAUGGUGCUUUGAAGUAAGGAACCUCGAUGAUAUUGCUUGGGUGAAAAUGACAUGAUAUUGUUUGUGUGAGUGCGAUAAUAUCGAGUGCGCUGCCCGCAGUAUUAAAUGUGUCUUGCUGCAUAAGUAUUUCAACUGUUUUUAUUUUACUGACGACUGGAGCUCCGUGUGAUUUUCAUUCACUUGUUGCAUAUUUAUAAGAUGAUACUGUGUUGCUCCAUGAAGUACAGAAUAUAUCAGGUGCCGGCUAA